ACCCUACUCUGCUAUCUCAGUUUCCCUUGCCUCACUGAUCCCACGGUAUUCGCGCCGCGUCGAGAUGCCUUCUAACGUAGCCAAAAACCGCGCCUCUCUCCGCUCCGGUGCCGAUGACGGUCUCAUCGCCAGGCUGUCCCGCACCGUUUCCAACUCGCCGAUAACCGUCGCUACCAGACAAGCAGCGACCGAUGCGAAGGUGGUCACGAAGAAGCUGCUGUGGAGCACGGGAAGAGCAGCGUGGAUUGCUGGAACGACGUUUCUCAUCCUGGCGGUGCCGCUCAUCAUCGAGAUGGACCGCGAGCAGCAGUUUAACGAAUUGGAGUUGCAGCAGCAGAGCCUCCUCGGUACUCCGCCUCUGGCUUCUGCUCUCAAGUAAACUCGAUCGCAUUUUAUCUGCUAGGGUUUUCUUUAGGGCUAUUCUUCAUUUAGUUAAAGAACGAAACUUGAUGUCUUCUUCAAUACAAUUGUUAUGAAAUU